AUUUUCUAAUAGAAAAAAAGUUAUUUAAUUUCCAUUUAGCACGUAACCGCAGAACAAUUUUUAUAUUUAAUACAAAAAUAGUUUUUUUGAUAAGCAAACUAGAGAUACAAAAAGGCGCAAAGCUGCCGUACAUUGAGGUUAUGUGAAUGAACUCGUAAUGUUGAAAAAAAAGUAAAUAAGCAAUAAAUAAUCUUUGAAAAAAGUGCACGAUGUCGAGUAGCGAAGUUGGUGUUGAAAAAAAUGAAAACGCUGAAACCAAGCCCCCAACACCCAAAAAACGAGGAAGGAAAAGAAAAUCAGAAAUUACUGUGAGACAGUUUGAGGAGGAAAUUGAUACAAGUCCAAAGGAAGAAACUGUAUCAAGAAGGGGACGCCUACGUAAAAAAGUGAACUAUUACGAAUUAGCUAAUCCAGAUAAUCUGGAAUAUACACUACCUGUCCAAACGGAAAUCAACUAUUUUAGUACCAGCGGAAACGGGGAAAUAAAAAUUAAGAAAAAAAAAGUUAGGCACCAAGAACCAGAUUUUUCCGAAACUUCUGCUGACAGUAAAGAAUCAGCGAAGCAGAAAGAUGAAGACAAUGUUUUAAGUAAUAAUGAGCCGCAAAAGGAUUUAUUUAAAUCAACGAAUGGCAAAGAAGAUGAUAGUUUGCUUCAAGACUUGGUUCUUGAGGACUCUACCACAGAUUUUGAGGCAACCACAAGCACUCCGAACUCUAAGGACAAAAGAUACAAUUACACAGGCGAGACUGUGAAAAUGAUGAAUAAACUGUUCAGUUUAUUUGCAAACACUAGUGAUGAUAACAGUACAAAUAAUACCAGCAAUGGUAACAAUUUACCAAACAGUGGUAAAAGGUCAGGCAAGAGACAACGAAAAGAUAACAUGAAAGAGGAAGACUUGGAUGACGGCACUGGCAACGUCACGUGUGCAAUUUGCAACAGCACAUUUGACAAAAAUAUAUGGACCCACCAUAAGCAGAGAUAUCAUAAUAAUUUAGCGUGGAGGGUUGGAGACCCACCUUUAGACUUAAACGACCAAUCUUUUGUAAUGCACACUCUCAACUCGUUGUACAAGAAAAAGAAACCUUUAUAUUGUGAUAAAUGCGGGGAAGUAAAAAAAUCAGUAGUUGGGUUUUUAUCUCACCGCUCCCAAUGUUUAAAAUCGGGAGAACAGCUCGAAUCUGUUAAAAUUUCUUGCGACUUGUGCGGGAGGAGAAUGCUACCAGUGAGUCUAACAACUCACAUGAAAAUGAUACACCAGAAUCCGGACAAGGAGGAGGUUCCGGAAAAAACGACAAAUAACGCGGCAAAACCGCUUCCUUCCAAAAGAAGUGCGGCUAAAAAAGCAAUGAGAAUUAUUGAAAACGUUACGAAAGUUGAUAAUAAGGACCAGUAUUUUUCAGCAAAUUUAGAUCUAGGUUCACAACAAUUUGCAAAAGACUUGAUGCAGAAAGAGCUAGACGAGACACAAUUUAUAGAAUGUAAAUUCAAGUGUAAUUGUAUUACAACAAGCAUGGAAGAUGCCUUGAGUCAUUUGAACGAAUGUCCGGAAAAAUUUAGUGAAGGUUUUGUUUGCAAGCAAUGUUUGCUGAUUUCGUCCAAAUUGGAAGACAUUAUUUAUCACAUUGAAUUUGCUCAUGAAAUUAAUGUAACAGUUGAUGGCGACCCCAGUUAUGUGGACAAAGAAUCCAACAAAAUGCCCUCAUUUUUGCAAAGCACGGUGCGAAAAACCGAAAAAUGCCUGUUCCCGUAUGCUUUCGACUGGACCUUAAAAUUUUGUGAGGAAAAUUUCUCUGAUUUACUUUUUGAGAAUUUAAAACCAAACUGGCCGCUCCUUAGACCCGAGACGGCCGCUCAAUAUCUGCCAAAACUUGAGGAGUCUUGUGACGUGGCUCGAAUCCACGUAACGUGUUUCACAAACACGCUAAAAGACUCGUACACGUACGAAAAAUACAAAUUAUUUGAAUCGCAAAUUCACGAUGACCACAAAAUAACCCUGUUUUGUGGGGGCCCUAUUUCGGCAAUGUCCUGGUUGCCAACGCCUUACACGUGUUUGGAAACCAGUCAGGUUUUGGCCGUUUCGGUACUUAACUCUCCUGAUGAAAAAUACGAGACUUAUCAGAGUUAUGAAGUAAGGUCUGCGAUUCAGUUUUGGAAUUUCGGUCAACUUCGAAAUACGGAAGCUUCGUUGCAAAAACCUGAAUUAGUGUUUAGUUUAGCGCAUGAUUACGGCCCUGUGUGGCACAUGGAGUGGUGUCCUUCAGGGUGUUACAACUUGGAAGGGGGGCGGAUGGGGCUUUUAGCGGUCACAGGGUCAAACUCAGUGGUUUAUAUUUAUUCAAUCCCAUUUUUUAAUCAAGAAUUAGGUUUGUUUUACAAACCUAGACCUGUAAUAAAGUUAUUAUUACAAAGGCCAGGUAAUUCGUUACUAGGGGGACUCAAGUAUUAUCCUUGUAAAAUUUCAUGGAGUAAAUCUUCUGGUCAUAAUUUUAUAGCUGUGGGUUACACAAAUGGUUUUGUGGCCCUUUUUAACUUGAAAACAAAUUCCGUAAUAUUGAAAUAUUGCGAUGAUGAUAAUGUUCCAUGUAUUUUGCCCCAGAAGUGCUUCCAGGCGCAUUCGCACGCCAUCACAGCUCUUGCUCUCUACCACCUCAACGGGGGCUGCCGAUGGCUGCUUUCAGCUUCCGUAGACCGCGCUGUAAACCUCUGGGACUUGGACGACCACAGUUAUCCCAUCUGUACGGUCAAAAAGAACAUAAUUACUGAUGGUUUUUGGUUCAAUAAUUGGCUAUGUCAUGUGACAGCGCCCGACGAGGGCUCAACUACAGCGCAUGUUACAACAAUGCUGAAACAAUCACGCGAUUACAUGUUCGAUCCUAAUGUGACACUAACAUGCUCGCCGUCUACGAUUUCGGCAAUCUCGGGUAGUGAUUGGCUGAAUGGUGCCGUCCAUGCCAACGCAGUAGGCGAGAUUGUGGGGAUUUUCCCCCACCAGAUGCUAUACACACCUGAUCAGAAAGCGCUGAAAUCGAAACGAAUGUUGUUUGGUUACACCACCUUGAUUGAGAAAAAUACAACGGGGGAGGAGCGAGUCGCCAAUGACAAAAUCCGCAAAAAGACGUUGCAAAAUCUGUCGACGAAAAAAUUGACGGCUGGGAUAAAAUUAUCCAAUAUCAAGUCGGAUUUUGACCAUAGUAGUCUAUUCAUGAACGAGCCGGUCUUGUACGAAGAGGCCGAGCAGAAAUACGCUUUGUUGUUUUGUGAUAAUAAAAUGGAAUCUUACGAUGAUUUUCCUAAAAAUGUGACUAAACAGUUAACUGCGUUGUCGAAAGAUUACGGGAUAACGCCCCCAAAUCAGUACCCUCUAAAUACAAUAAACAAAAUUGUGUUCAAUCCUAACCGACAAGCGAGUCUGUAUUACGCAACGGGAUAUCAAGCCGGGUUUGUGAGACUUAGUUGGUUGCAGUUUUUAAAAAGUGACCAACAAAUUAAGUAGGUUUUGUUGUAAUUUAUUUUGUAAAUAAAUUUUUGGAACUGUU